AUGUGGAAUUUUUUUGGAAAAGAAGAGAACACUUAUCAGUCCGACGAUAAUAGUGAAGUUUUUGACCCCGAACCAGAACUUAAACCUGUCGUAAUGAAUACAGCGGGUAGUUUGAAACCGUUCGAUUCAUCAGUGGAUGACGUUGAUGUCUGGGUUCUCACAUUUAAGGCGUUCCUCGGUGCGAACGGCCACGACCCGGCGAAAAACGAUGGAAAGUGUCGAGACAUUCUCCUAGCUACGUUGGGAAUGCAAUCUUGCGCGACCCUGAUGUCCCUCAUUGCUCCUGAUAAACCCUCUGACCAGACACUCGACGAAUUACUCCAGUUGGUUAUCGAUAACUUCAAACCCGCACCCAAAGCUAUUGCAGAACGAUUUCGUUUGAUGGGGAGGAAACAACACAAAGGAGAGACAGUUGCUCAAUUUCUUGCUGAAUUAGGACGAUUGGCAGUAACUUGUAAGUUUAAGACGGAUUUAGAACUUCGGUUAAGGGAUCAAUUCAUAUUUGGCUUGUUGAGUGAAUCUGCACAGAGAAGGUUAUUUACCAAAGAGGACGACGUUACCCUCAAAGACGUGGUCGCCGUCGCUCAGGCACAAGAAACCGCAGAACUCAGCACCACCCUUGUCCGAGAUGGAAAUGCUCAUCAGUCCGGAGCAGACCAAGUCAACAAGGUUUACCGGAAGUCGGAAAACACGCCGCGUGCAGGCCAGUCCGGUUCAAAUCACAACAAACCAUCCAAUCCAAAGCGGAACAACAAUCCACACCAACAAAACAGGAAAUCGUGUCCUAAUUGUGCAUCGUCCAGUCAUACGUCGCCCAAGGAUUGCCCUCACAAAGACGCCGAGUGCUUUGUUUGCGCCAAACGGGGACAUUUCGCGAAGAUCGUCGCAGUGGAGGAAGCUCAACCCCAAAACCACAACAACAAAAUCAACACCGCAAUCAACCUCAUCGAAACAACAAUGUAUCAUCCAUUCACUCUGUCGGAACAAGUGAUGAUGGACAAAUCAACAUCACGGUUGAGAUUGCCGGCGUUCGUCACGUCAUGGAGUUCGACUCCGGAUGCAAGAAGAGUCUCCUCUCGGGACAAUUCUGGCAUCAAUUGGGUUCACCGCAGCUCUCCAGGUCUCAAGCUACAUUUCGCACUCAGUAAAGGUACGUCGCUAUUUGGUCGUGAUCUAAUGAAAGCAUUUAAAUUGGAUUGGAAUGAAAUUGCUGCUCAGUGCAAUGCUGACGACGCCACACCAAAAUUCCUCAAGGCCCGGCCUAUCCCUUACGCUUUACGAGAGAAAGUGGAUCGCGAACUCGACAAGAUGGAGAAAGCAGGACAGAUUGAAAGAGUGGAACACAGUGAGUGGGCUUCACCCUUGGUGGUCGUCCCAAAAGCCAAUGGGAAGGUUCGAAUAACAGGCGAUUUUAAAAAUACUAUUAACAAUCAAUUGUGUAUUACGCAAUAUCCCAUUGCAAACCCAGAAGAAUUGUUCUCCAGUAUCUCAGGUGGUGAGACUUUCUCCAAAUUGGAUGGCACAGACGCGUAUCAUCAAAUGGAGCUGGACGAGCGCACGAAAAGUUUCCUGGUCAUCAACACACAUCGUGGCCUCUACAGGUACAACGUGUUACCCCAGGGAGUGGCCUCAUCCCCUGCACUUUUCCAGGAGUUUAGUGACAAACUUGUACAAGGAGUCCCAAUGUCAGGUUCCUUUUUGGAUGACGGUCUUUGCAGCGGCAGAACAGAACAAGAACACCUGCAAAAUCUCCGAACAAUUCUACAAAGGAUGCGAGAGUGCAACUACAAACUGUCGAAAGAUAAGUGUGAGUUUAUGAAACCGUCCAUCACUUAUCUGGGUCACAUCAUUUCGAAGAACGGAAUUCACACAGAUCCAAGCAAAGUGGAAUCAAUCCUCGCAAUUCAAGAACCAGCUAACGUGGUUGAAUUACAGGCAUUUCUUGGUCUUGUUAAUUUCUAUGGCAAAUUUAUGUCUUUUUUGUCAGAUAUUUGUGAGCCCCUGUACAGACUGACUCGUCAAAAUGUUCCAUGGAAGUGGACAAGUCCAUGCAGAGACGCAUUUCGGAAGGUGCAGUCAGAACUCUCAUCCAGUGAAGUUCUCGCUCAUUUUUCUCCGACUCUUCCCAUCGGAAUAAGCUGUGACGCUUCAUCUAAAGGUCUAGGAGUCGUCCUAUUUCACAAAUACCCGGAUGGUACCGAGCGACCGAUCCAAUACGCAUCCAAGUCCCUGUCCGAGACUGAGAAGAGGUAUUCUCAAAUCGAGAAGGAAGGAUUAUCAAUCAUUUAUGGAACUAAAAAGCUUUUUAAGUUUCUGUGUGGUCGUAAGUUUAUAUUGGUGACUGAUCAUAAGCCUUUACUUGCAAUUUUUGGUCCCAAAACAAAUCUACAGCCUUACGUCGCAACACGUCUUCAUCAUUGGAGUCUGCACCUCAGCCAGUUCCAAUAUGAAAUCCAGUAUCGGAAGACAACCGAACAUGGUAAUGCUGAUGCCCUGUCCCGAUUACCAUUAAAGAAUGAAUCUGCAACUGAUAAGGAGUUUACAUCGCAAGUCAAUCUCAUCGCUAGUGAAAGCAUGGAAGUUCUUCCCGUCACGGCAACAGCAAUUCGUCAAUUCUCAGCCCGUGAUAAAACUCUAUCUGAAGUUGUUCGUUUCACAUUGUCUGGGUGGCCAGCGCAAUUACAACAACAAGACAAGUAUUUGCAACCAUAUUAUUCAAGAAAAGAUGAACUAACUAUGGUGCAAGGUGUACUGCUGUGGGGCACACGUGUCGUCAUCCCCACUCAGCUACGAAAGAAAGUUCUAGAUGAGCUUCAUACAAGUCAUUCUGGAAUCGUCCGUGUGAAAUCUCUCGCCCGACAGCACGUUUGGUGGCCUGGAGUCGACGAGGAGAUUGAGUCCUUGGGAAAAGCAUGCGUGACCUGUUCCGAGCAUCGUCCCAACCCUGCUAGCGCUCCGCUACACCCAUGGCAGUUUCCAGAACGCCCAUGGCAGCGUCUUCACAUCGAUCUUGCGGGACCUUUCCUAGGCAAGAUGUGGCUUAUCAUGGUGGAUGCUCAUAGCAAAUGGCCAGAAGUUUAUUGUCAGCAACAAAUUAUAACGAGUCAAAAUGUCAUUUCACACAUACGAGAUUCACUCAUCCGAUUUGGACUUCCUGAACAAAUUGUAUCUGACAAUGGGAGACAAUUUACCUCCAAAGAAUUUGCAACUUUUUGUAAAUGUAAUGGUAUUCGCCAUGCCACUAGUUCUGUUUAUCACCCUAGGUCCAAUGGGGAAGCAGAAAGAUUUGUCCAAACUUUUAAGAAAGCUAUGAAAUUGGGGAAGGAGAAUGUGGACUUGCGACUGCAGCAGUUCCUGUUCGAGUACCGCCUCACCCCACAUGCUACCACGGGGGCAGCACCCUGCGAAAUGCUCCUUGGUAGAAAGCUUCGUAGUCGCCUUUACCUGGUUUUGCCUGAUGCUCAUGCCAAUGUGAGUCGAGCACAGCAUCGCCAGUGUGCAAGUUACGACAAGAAGAGUCGUUCCCGUUCCUUUACUGCUGGACAAGAAGUGUGGGUCAAGACUUUCUCCAGAAACGCUCCGAAGUGGUCACUUGGUGUCAUCUCCAAGCCAGUGGGUCCAGUGUCGUUCCUCAUCAGCGUCAAUGGUCAGAUUAUGAAGAGACACAUCGACCAGGUAUUGGAGGCACAUGUCAAACCACGUCCACCGCCCUCUGAUCCAGUAGACGACGACGACUUUCUCUACACUCCUGAACUCAGUCCCGGAAGUUGA